ACUUUAGAGCUUUGCAUUGACCUCUCUCUCUCUCUCUUUCUUUCUCUCUCUCUCUUGGCCAAAAUUACUUCUCCACCAGUCCCAUUUUUUCAGCACUGUCUGAAGCUUUCCCUUUCUCGUUCUCUCUGUCUCUCUCUCUCUCUACACCCAGCAUUAUCCGGAGUCAUUCACUCCCUCUUUCCCUGCUAAAUGCGUUCAGUCCAGUCAUGAUCCUUCAAUUCAGUGGAGAAAUUUUUGCCACAACUGAAAUUGGACUUCAUAUUAUGUGGGCAAGCAGAUGGAAGAUGCAGUUCCAUUGAUGAUGAGUCCCGAGCCAGGGGUAUCUUCGUCUUGAUUUGUUUAUAGAUUCUCUGCUUUUGCUGAGUCCUAUGGCCUCUAAAACUACCUCGAGAGCUUCCCCUAAGCAGCAAACCAAAGUAGCUGGUUUUGUCGCAGUACAGAGGAAUGAUCACAGCUUUUUAUCUUCACAAAACCUGAAAGGGAGCAAGCCUGAGCUCGUGAAUCAUGAAAAAUCACCUAAAUCUCUGCAGAACCAUACAAAGAAUGAGUCUGCUGAGCCUGCUGAGAAGAAAAGGUCCUCUCGUCCAGAUCAAAAUGGCUCGGUUGAAUCUCUAGUCAGUAAAAUGAAUCUAAGCACUUCCUCGCCUGAUCUGGAGCAAAAAUCAUCCGAAGCGCAUUCUGCAUCUGUUGAGAAUGGAGGCUCACGGGAGGCCUCUGUUGAUCAGAACAAGAAGAAAUCAGAACAUGGAAGUGUGAAAAAUAGUUCUGUAACCGGCAAAGUUAGUGACGGGGCCAGCAGCCUCGCUAAGACAAGCGGAAGUGGCAAGGUUAUUGACCGCGUGGACUUUGUUGAGAGUGGGAAGAGCAGCAUGUGUAGAGGGAGCACGAGCAGUGACAUCAGUGAUGAAAGCAGCUGCAGCAGUUUGAGCAGCAGUGUCAACAAGCCUCAUAAAGCAAAUGACUUGAGAUGGGAAGCCAUCCAAGCUGUUCGAUCGAGGGAUGGAGUCUUGGGUUUGAGCCAUUUCAGACUGCUAAAGCGGUUGGGUUGCGGGGAUAUAGGCAGCGUAUAUCUGUCGGAGUUGAGUGGAACGAAGUGUUACUUUGCAAUGAAGGUGAUGGACAAGGCAUCUUUAGCUAGUCGUAAAAAGUUGCUCCGGGCUCAAACGGAGAGAGAAAUAUUGCAAUGUCUGGACCAUCCCUUCCUCCCAACUCUGUAUACGCAUUUUGAGACUGAUAAGUUUUCAUGUUUGGUCAUGGAGUUUUGUCCUGGAGGAGACUUGCACACUCUUAGACAGAGGCAACCCGGGAAAUAUUUCCCUGAGCAGGCAGUAAAAUUUUAUGUAGCUGAGGUGUUACUGGCUCUAGAAUACCUCCAUAUGCUUGGGAUUGUUUACCGUGAUCUUAAACCUGAGAAUGUUCUUGUGAGGGAUGAUGGGCAUAUAAUGCUAUCGGACUUUGACCUUUCUCUUCGCUGCACCGUGAGUCCAACUCUUGUUAAGACAUCAUGUCUCGAUUCUGAGCCUCUCAGAAAGAACCCUGUCUAUUGUGUCCAGCCAGCUUGCAUUGAACCUUCUUGCAUCCAGCCAUCCUGUGCAGUUCCCACCACGUGCUUCGGGCCUCGCCUGUUCUCCAGUAAGUCCAAGAAGGACCGGAAACCCAAAAUAGAAACUGGGAACCAAGUCAGUCCCUUGCCUGAGCUCAUUGCGGAACCCACUGAUGCCCGGUCAAUGUCAUUUGUUGGAACCCACGAGUACUUGGCACCAGAGAUUAUUAAAGGAGAAGGUCAUGGAAGUGCUGUAGAUUGGUGGACCUUCGGGAUUUUUUUGUACGAGCUCUUAUUUGGUAAAACCCCUUUCAAAGGUUCCGGAAACCGAGCCACGUUGUUCAAUGUCGUGGGUCAGCCACUGCGAUUUCCAGAGUCCCCUAUGGUCAGUUUUGCAGCUAGGGAUCUAAUAAGAGGGUUGCUAGUGAAAGAACCACAGCACAGAUUGGCGUAUAAGCGAGGAGCAACAGAGAUCAAGCAACAUCCCUUCUUUGAAGGUGUAAACUGGGCGCUGAUUCGCUGCGCCACACCCCCAGAGGUACCGAAACCAGUUGAGAUAGAGCGAAUACCAGUACCACCAACACCAGCAAGCGAAAAGGCCGCUGUUACCGCCACUAUCCCUGAUAAGAAAGGUUCUGAUAAUUACCUUGAGUUUGAUUUCUUUUAGUGCACUUGAUGUUUAGGCACAAUUUAUAUUCAUAAUUCAGGAUAUAGUUGUUUAUCAUCCUCUGGGGGGGUUGUUUAGGAAUGAGUUUGAUGAGUUUCCUUUGCUUGCAAGUUGUAAGAAAGGAUGGUAAGGAACUCCGUGUUUGUUUGUUGAUGCACGUUAACGAUAUCAAAUGUGGAUUAUAUCAUCAGUUCGUAAA